GCAAGAGGGUAUGUGGUGGUGGUGGUGGUGGUGGUGGAAGUGGAUGUUACUUCUGUUUGAAGCAACCUCAGACUUUGGAUUCCCCUGGUGAGUCUCAGACAAGAGAUCCUAACAAUCCGGAGUUUACUUAUGAGAUAUUAGGGCCUGUGAUUGAGAAGAAUGAUUUUUAUUCUAAAGAAUGCAAUACCCAUUUGGAUGAUAUAUAG